AUGGAUGGCCAGCUGCCAUUUCUCCUCGUCGGUGAUGCUCUUGUGGAAUUUCUCGGUCUCCUGGGAGAGCCAGCGCACGUCAAUGCCAUGGUUGACCACGUCGAGAAGCCGGUGUCAUGGAAAGCAGCGUCGGUGGCUUGGCCACGGCGUUCUUCUCGAGGUCAUUCCCGAAGAGAGGGAGAUGUCAAUACGGUGGCCACGGAAGGGGAGCCUACGAUGGAGUUCGGAUUGCCACAUCGAGAACCUGGGAAACUGCGACUUCUGAACAGAGCGCGAAUAUCUCGAUUGAGAGGGGCACCGAAAUCCGGGGUGAAUAUCGACCGUAGGGCUCAAGGUGGAUGCACAAUUUUGUGGGGCUCUGAUACUACGUGA